AUGGCACGCAGAAGCGCACAUUCGCUGUCCGGCCUUUUCGCCGUUCUCCUUGUUCUCCUCCUAGCAACGCCAGCUCUCGCAGCAUGGAACCAGGCAUAUUGUUCCAAGCAAAAUACUGCUGAUACCGACGUUUAUCACUGCCGAGACGAGGGCACCUUCGCCUUCGCGGUCAUCAAGUACCAAGAUUGCUACUGCUCCAACUACAUCCCUCGAGACCAAGAAGACGUCAGCAAGUGCGGGAAGGUCUGCCCUGGUUUCGGAGAUGAGAAUUGCGGCAGCAUCGACGACGGUCUCUUCAUCUACAUCCAGAACGGCUCGCCUUCUGGUACUGCGCCUGCGCCAGGCCCUGCGAAACCAACGCAAGAACCCCCCUCCACCUCCGCCGAAGUCGACGUCGACGCCAGCUCCGGCCCCGUCUUCUUCGUCGGCAGAGGACAUUACAACAAGCAAAGCUCCUUCACAAGCUUCUUCACAACCGGCACCCACAAGUCAACCACCCGAGAGCAAUCCUACCACUUCCAUCAUCAACGUCUGCCCCCCGCUCGAACCGACAACGAAGACAAAGGACCGAACGUAGGCGCAAUCGCUGGAGGAGUUGCUGGCGGCAUCAUCGGUCUCUUGGCGAUAAUAGGAGGCCUCAUCUUCGUCCUUUGGAGACGGCGCAAACAACGAGAUGCACAAGAUGGCGACAACGGUGGUUCAUCAGGCGGUAUCACGCGCAAUACUAGCACUAUGAGCAAGGCCGGUCUCCUGGGUGGCACACGCGAAGUCGAACAGCCCUACGGUCCUGCACGAGUCAACACAAAUCUCAGCACAAUGAACAGUCGCUACGGCGCUGACCACGAAUCGGUAUCGCCGGGUAGUAAUCGACGAAACAGCCAGCCACUCGUCAUCGACUCACGGAUGAACCCCAGCGCGGUGAUGACGUUCGCUGGCGGCAAUCUUAGCAGGGAAAGCGUCGCAAGCUUAGACGACAGCCGUGACUACGGGCGACAACUCAACGUGCGGAAUCCCGACCCAUCAUGAGGAUGAUCACCGCACACCGACCCAAACCGCGAGCUCCGCUGUUUCGCUGGAGAGCACUCGACGUCGGUCAUUGUAGUUGGAUGCUACCCGCAACGAUACGACCUCACGAACACAUCUCUCACACUCUUGCACAGGACAACAUGACUGUACCCAGCAAUGGCACACGGCGUUCUACACCCGGCAGAGAAUAUCUCAUUCCCUUCUACACGGUUCGGCUACUAUAAUCACUAAUAGCGCCACAUACCUUUCUGUACAUUAUUUUCUAUUCGCAGGCUUUUCAUGCUGUCACGUAUAUGCUUUUUUUCAGUGGUGCGGAAGGAUUUGACUUGGAUUCGAGAAUGCAUCGAGGGAAGGAGACGGAGUACAUACAAUCAUCGCUACAAGGCAGUCGGAAAGUAGUUAGCAGGACUGAGAUCUUGAAAAAGCAUGAGAGGGAACGUAGGGGCUGAGAAAGCCUCGGACGGUAUCACCUACUUUUGAAAUACAAACCAAGUUUCAACA